GUUCAAAUUGGCCUCUUUCACUUUCUCAGGAAACAGACUUGGUUUUAAGUGAAGUGAAAUGAUUCUACCUUCAUUAUAGACAACUUAAGGGUUAGGUUAAAACAUGACUCAGAUGAUCCUAUUCAUUACCGUGCUCCUGGUGCCUUAUGCAACCCAGAGUAAUCCAGAAAUUCAAGCAAAGUGCAAUGAUGAUGUUUCCCUCCCAUGUCCAGCUGUCACCAGUGAUGACAUGGAUUUCCUCUCACUGGCGUGGUACAAGACCGGUUACAAUAAAAGGGAUGGAAUUAUCAGGAAAAAUAAGGAUGACAACAUUACUCUGAGGUACAGCUUAAACUCGUCUGCCGAGUUUGGAGAGAGGCACAGCCUGCGGCUGCACAAUGUGAUGCCCAUUGAUUCAGGCACAUAUGAGUGUACCAUCAGCGCUAAUGUAGGAGGUCAAAAUGGAAAAGGGAGCGUCAAACUCAAUGUUUACGAGUGUGUGACCCAGACUGAGAUGGUAACACAGAUAACACAUACAUGGAAAACAACUACAUCCAACCCAGUGGCAGUCAAAGACCUGCCGGUCGUGUGGACCUCCAUGGGCUACAUGGUGCUGGCGGUGGCCAAAAUCAUCAUGUCUUUAACCGCCAUCUGGGUGAUAUGUCUUGAAGACAACAGGAGAGGUGGUGAAACUAUCUGAAGACUUUGGGGAAAAUAUGCAAAUAUACUUUAUAUGAACAGGUGUUGUUUCUUUCUUUCUAUCAUUGUUUUUAAAAUAUUUCUUAUAUGAAUCUAUGUCCAUUGUUUAUCCUCAGAAAAAGUGUGCAAAGUGUGAAGAUAAAGUUUAAAUACUUUUCAGCUCAUGCAUAAUCAUUUUUACCAACAGUUGUGUUUUGUAUGUUUUGUGUGUUUAUAAAUAAAAAAUAACAUUUUGUGAAU